CCCUGGCGGUGCCCGCCCCUCCCACUGCAGGGGGGCGGGGCUUUCGGCACCACCACCACGUGGCUUCCUCUCGCAAACAUUUUCACUCAUUUUUUUUCUUCAGGUCGAUUUUAUUUAGGGGCGGUGCCAGGCAGCUUCACCCAACGUCCUGUGACACACGAGUGCGACUCCAAGGAGUUGGGGGGGGGCUGAGCCAAAAACAGCCGCACUUUCCCCCCAGCCCGCCAUCCCAGUGGAACCAACCAACUCCCCCACUGAGCUUGUGAUCACCAGGAAUCCCACCUCCUCCUCCCCCCCCCAGCCCCUCCUAAAAAAACCCUAAAAAACCAAAAAACCCAAACCGCCCCCUCCCCCCAAACAACUCGCUUUCCCAGUUGUUGGGCUCCAGUUUGAAUUGGGAACUUUCCUUGGGAUUUUUUUUUUAUUUAUUUAAAGAAUCCAUAAAGAAAAGUUGUUCCCCACCUCCCCCAGCCCUAUCAACCCUCCCUCCCCCCCCUUCCCUCUCUUAACACCCACCCACCGACUAUCCACAUCUCUUGUGAUCCACCAUGAACAAGCUGUACAUUGGGAACCUAAACGAAAACGUGACUCCAGGCGACUUGGAGAAAGUCUUCAAUGACCAUAAGAUCUCCUUCAGUGGUCAGUUUCUGGUGAAAUCGGGCUAUGCCUUUGUGGAUUGCCCUGAUGAGCAAUGGGCUAUGAAAGCCAUCGAAACUUUUUCUGGGAAAGUGGAGCUACAUGGAAAACAGCUAGAGAUUGAACAUUCAGUACCCAAAAAGCAAAGAAGCCGCAAAAUUCAGAUAAGAAAUAUCCCACCCCAGUUACGAUGGGAGGUUUUGGAUGGUUUGCUAGCUCAGUAUGGUACUGUAGAAAAUUGUGAACAAGUGAACACAGACAGCGAGACGGCCGUCGUCAAUGUCACCUAUUCAAACCGGGAGCAGACCAGACAAGCGAUCAUGAAACUGAAUGGGCACCAGCUGGAAAACCAUGCACUGAAAGUCUCCUACAUCCCCGACGAACAGUCCACGCAGGGGCCAGAGAACGGGCGGCGGGGUGGCUUUGGCACGCGGGGGGCCCCCAGGCAGGGCUCGCCCGUCGCUGCAGGAGCGCCCGUAAAGCAGCAGCCGGUGGACAUCCCACUCCGACUCCUGGUGCCCACGCAGUACGUGGGGGCCAUCAUCGGCAAGGAGGGGGCCACCAUCCGCAACAUCACCAAGCAGACGCAGUCCAAAAUCGACGUGCACAGGAAGGAGAACGCGGGAGCAGCGGAGAAAGCCAUCAGCAUCCAUUCCACCCCCGAGGGCUGCUCGGCGGCCUGCAAGAUGAUCUUGGAGAUUAUGCAGAAGGAGGCAAAAGACACCAAGACAGCUGACGAGGUUCCCUUGAAGAUCCUGGCCCAUAAUAACUUUGUGGGGCGGCUGAUCGGCAAAGAGGGGCGGAACCUGAAGAAGGUGGAACAGGACACGGAGACGAAAAUCACCAUCUCGUCUUUGCAGGAUCUGACUCUCUACAACCCUGAAAGGACGAUCACAGUGAAGGGCUCCAUCGAGAACUGCUGCAAAGCCGAGCAGGAGAUCAUGAAGAAAGUGAGGGAAGCUUACGAAAAUGACGUGGCUGCCAUGAGCCUACAGUCUCAUCUGAUCCCCGGCCUUAACCUGGCUGCUGUCGGACUCUUCCCGGCUUCUUCCAACGCGGUGCCACCUCCUCCAAGCAGCAUCUCCGGGGCAGCUCCAUAUAACUCCUUCAUGCCCCCAGAGCAAGAGACGGUGCACGUCUUCAUCCCUGCUCAGGCAGUCGGCGCGAUCAUCGGCAAGAAAGGCCAGCACAUUAAACAGCUCUCCCGAUUUGCGAGCGCCUCCAUCAAGAUCGCGCCACCCGAGACACCAGAUUCCAAAGUGCGCAUGGUUAUAAUCACUGGACCGCCAGAAGCUCAGUUCAAGGCACAAGGACGAAUUUACGGCAAACUCAAGGAGGAAAACUUUUUUGGACCUAAAGAAGAAGUAAAGCUGGAGACGCACAUUAGGGUCCCUGCUUCGGCCGCAGGGCGAGUUAUCGGAAAAGGAGGCAAAACUGUCAACGAACUGCAGAACCUGACGGCAGCAGAGGUGGUGGUGCCGCGGGACCAGACGCCUGAUGAGAACGAGCAAGUCAUUGUAAAAAUCAUUGGACACUUCUAUGCCAGCCAGAUGGCGCAGCGCAAGAUACGCGAUAUCCUGGCCCAGGUGAAACAGCAGCAUCAGAAGGGACAGAGCGGCCAGACGCAAGCGCGGCGGAAAUAAGAGCGGCUAGCGCGCAACGACUGUGACAAAAAGUGGAAAACGAAUGAGUCGAUGCCGGGCUUAAGAGUGGCUGGGAAUCAGUUACCGUAGACAGACGAUGAUUUUUCAUGACCAGAUUGAGAUUAAAAGGCAGUUUGAUUGGCUUCCAAGGCAGAUGCCUACAUUUAAAAAACAAAAAAAAAAACAAAAAAAAAAAACUUGAUCAAUUAGCUAAACAAUCUCUAGGCCGCAAAGGCUGCUUAAAUGAGGCAACAUGUGCUGUGGUGUGUCACCCCCCCCAACACCCUCUUGCUGCUGUGAUUGGCCAGCGCCUAGCAACGGAGGUUCCACCAUCCCUUGCCGCAGCGCUGCAGUGAAUCUAGCGCGUAGCAAUUAAAAUUGGAAACAGUCCGUCCCCCUCCCGCCACCCUGCACUGCAGCAGAUGCAACCUAGAUGCUCAUUUAAGUUGACUUUUGCGGGCCAGUCCAGGGUGCUGCUUUCUGGCCAUCACGUUACACGUAGAAAUCAGACUGAUUUAAAAAAAAAAAAAAAGGAAAAAAAAAAAUCCUAGAGCAAAGUAACUUUUCUUAGUGCUGAUUUUAGAAAUUCCAGCAGAUAGGAUGGUUCCUACUCUCCUACUCCCAUUCACAAUAAAAUCCAGCAUGGGUGAAGGUCUUAGAACAAAAUGGACUUGGAUAACACGGGAACCCUGCACUUAGAAUAUCUGAGAACGUGAUGGAGGAGAGAAAACUCUUCCAUUGUGUAUCAAACUCAGUGCAAUGACUUUGCAAAGCCUUAUAAGACAGGAGAGCAGCUAUUUUUUCCAGGAUGUAUGUUUGUUUGUUUGUUUGUUUUUGGUUUUUGUUUUUUUUUUAAAUUAAGCCUAUGAAAUGAUUGCAGAAUUGGGGAGAAAUGCCAAGGCUAACCUAGCACAGGCAAACCUAAACAGUAACCUUUCUGGGUGAUCAGCACUGGAAAGAACCAGGCAUGAUGCCCCAUCCUACCAAGCGACAUUAUUCACAAGAAUGAAAUCACCUGAGGUCCCUCCCUCUUUUAAACAAUGAACCCCCGCCCCCCCAAAAAAAUUGCUUUGUAGGAAAUAUGAUUAAACCUUCCUCUAUUUAAUAAUCAUCUUAUUUUUUUUAAAAAGACUAAGGCCAGGAUUUUUAACCAACCCCGAGAGUGUCAGGUGUUCAACUGAAGGCAGGGCUUCACACCUCAAGAGAGGCCAAAAACUGGAAGCUCCUACAGAAAUGAAUGGACAGGCUCACGCCUGGGAGGCAGUACUGUCUAGUGGAUAGAUCGCCGCACUAAGACAGGACACUUGUAUUCUCAACCAGGGGUCCGGGGCGCUCUAGGGGGCAGCGAGCAGGUUUCAGGGGUCCGCCGAGCAGGUUUCAGGGGUCCGCCAAGCAGGGCCAGCGUUAGACUUGCUGGGGCCCAGAGUGGAAAGCCAAAGUCCCACCACAUGGGGCAGAAGCCUGGUGCCCUGAGCCCCACCACUUGGGGCUGAAGCCGAAGCCUGAGCAACUUAGCUUCAUGGGGCCCCCUGUGCCCUGCUUGUUACACCCUAACACGAGCCUUGGAUUUCAUAUGCAGAAAACCAGUUGUUGUGGCACAGGUGGGCCAUGGAGUUUUUAUAGCAUGUUGAGGGGGCCUAGAAAGAAAAAGGGUGAGAACCCCUGUUCUAUUCCCCACUCUGCCAGUAGCCUGGUGGGUGUUCUUGGGGAAGUGUUUGUGCCUCAGUUUCCCCAUCUACAAAUGGGGAUAAUGAUGCUUACCUCCUCUUGUAAAUGCUUUGACAUCUACUGCUGAUAAAAUCUAGGUAUUAGUAUUAUUAUCAUCAGGCACCUGCUCACCUCACUGCAGACAGCAGGUAUCCCACGGGAUUUGAGCACCCAGUUCCUACUGGCCUCUGAAAAUUGCAGCCUAAACAGAAAAGGAUAGAAUCUUUGAAAACACCCAGGGAAGGUUUAGCAGCUAACUAGGAACAAGGACCCCAAUUCAAAUAAACUCUCCUGGGGUUAUUUGUCUUUUACUUUUCCCUUUAUUCUCUCUAGGUGGUGGGGGAAUUCCUGAAAUUCAGCACAUUUAAACAAAAAUAAAAAUGUAAACCCGCAAGCAAAACUUUUCUGCAGUAAAAAAUACCUUGUUUUCAUGAGACAAAACCAAAUAUAUACGUCAAAAGAAUGUAAUAUGGUUACUGAAUCCAGUCACUCUUAUGUGGAUUUUUAUAUUUUAAAUAUAUUUUAAUGAUUUUUAUAUGAGUAUUUGGAAGGGACAGUAACUGCUGUGAUGGCAUCUUAGACACAGGGCAAGGUCUCGUCUUCCCUAGGCAUGGAUCCCUCAAACUGGCUUAGCUGAAGGCAGCCUCUGACGUGCUGCUUUACCCUUCACCCAUAUAGCACUGAACCAGCUGGGAUAGGCAGCCUUCAAGCCCAAUCCUGCACCAUUGAGGUCAGGUGGAAGUGACUUCAAGAGAAGCAGGAGGAUUUAUAGGGGUCAGCUCCUGCUCUCCGUGACUCCAGGGUAAAUCCAGAGAAGCUCCAUGGAAGUCUGUUGUUUAACUCAAGGUCUACAACUCUGCGCUCCGUAACGCCGGUGUAAAAGCAGAGUUAAUUCCACGGGAGUCAGCGGGCCUGGCAUUCCGUUGCCUUAGGCCCUUGUGCAAUCGCAUCAAUGCGGCCGCUCUGACCUGGUAGCGUUUUACACCGAUUCUGCCCUGACGUAAGAGUCUUCAUGAAGUGCAGGGCAGUGGAGAAUUGGGAGAAGCGGAGUAUAACUGAGAACACCCUCUGCCUGUGUAGCCAGAGGAUGGGUGGGAUAUUGGAAUUCAGUGAUCUAUCUAGGCUCUGAGAAGCGAGCCGGGAACCACCCUUGCAUUGAUUUGUUUUUGUAGGGGAGACCAGACCUUUUGUUCUGCCGGUGCAUUCCUUUGUACAUCUUGCUUAGGUUACAGCUACACUGUAAUCAGAGGUGUGACUGCAGCAUGGGUUGGUGCGCCCAGCUAGCUUCAAUCUAGCUAGCACAGCUAAAAAUAGCAGUGAGAUUCAGUGGCACAGGCUAGCAAUGCAAGUACGUACCAAGGGUGACCACACUGAAGUCCACGGCCCCCUAUCUUCAUUGCUCUUUUUCAUCAUGCUAGCUAGAUCGAUGCUAGCCCAGGUCUGGCUACAUAAGCUGCUAUCGCAUACGGUAGACGUAGCCUGAGUUAUGACCGUCUUUGAAUUUGGAUUACGCAGCUGCAGGGAUGCUUGCUAGCUUUGAUAAAGGGAACAUACAAGCAGUUACUGUCCUUUAAACAUUGCAACAACAAGAUGUGGGGAAAGUCAGGUAUUGCUGUGUGUUUUAGCAACAAGGAGAAAAAAAAAAGGUAAGAAAAGAAAAGAAAAAAAGCUACCUCAAGGUAUGAAGUUACCUCAGCCAUUGUUUUUUGUUUUGUUUUUGGGGCUUGCUGAUAUUUUAUAUAAAAGCUGAUAGUCUUGAAUAUUUUAUUUUUUUAAUGAAAAGAGAAGUUACGUUUCAUAAUUUCUUAUGAGCCAGGAGUUAUGUGCAGGUAACAGAGUGUUAUGAGCUCUCUAUUGAGAACGACAGAAAUUUCAGACAUAGUGGAAAAGAUGGCAGCAGCUAAUUUUUGGCCUUUUAAAGCGGGGUGGUUAAUUUCACCGUGAUGCAAGAGUGAUUGGCUGUAGAAAUUCAUCAAGGAUUUUGAUUGUUAGAACCCACCAACUUUUUGAUUAGGAUUUUUCUUUUCUUUUUUUAAUCUAGCCCUUGGAAUAAAGUCCACGCUUAACCCAACUCUUAUCAGGUCCCCAAACUGUUAACAUUUCACGAAAGGGAAAGAGAGUAGAAUGGAUUUGCUAUCAAGCAAUAAUUCCUAGCCAUUGAAAUCAGCAAUGAAAUAUGUCAUGCGGAGGGGCUGGCUGGUAUGUUUCAUGAAUUGGCCCGCUGUGUGGUAAUUCCAAGUAAUCUAAAUACUUCACUAACCAACCCAAAUGGAUCCGCCUCUUGUAUCUAAAUAGGCAGCGUCAGACCAUCUUCUCCACUAUGGUGCUUUAAGUAUUUUACAGAGAUUGCCUCAGUUUUACCGAGGAUAAACAAAUAAUUAAAAAGAGAGAGAGAAAUGGGAGCUGAAAUUUUAUACAUGCAGACAGCAAGGAAAAAAAAUAAAGAGAGAGAGAUGUGAACCCAGCUAUCACUAUUAGAAAGGUUCACAUUUUUAAUCACAUCUUGCUACUUUUUUAUUGUACCUGCAGGAAUUAACCCUUUUUUUAGAAUGUCAUGUUAAAAGAUCCGUGGUGGUAAAAUCAAUUCUAAAGAGGCUGAACCUGCGUCCCGUGCCCCCAAAACUCAGUGGGAAUUCUGGGUGCGUGAAGAACGCUGGAUUGAGCCCCUAAAUGUUUGCAGCUUUAAAGAAGUAAUGACCCUUUUUCUGUAGAGACAGGAAAUGUCAAACAAACAAACCAGGAGUUAAAAAUCCCCCUUGAAUGGGUGACACGUUCCAAAGCGCAAGUGAGGAGAAAGCAGGAUGCUAAUUCUCCUUUUUACCUCUGGAAGGUUUGGGUAGUCAAGGCUUUCAUUUCUGACUCCUUACACCUGUCUCCUCUGAGGGCAGAAGGUUACAAGACAUGUGGUAGGAAAGAAGUGGAAUAGAUUUCAGGUUGAUGCAGUUGAUUUGAUUUUUUUUUUCUUUUAACUACAUUUGUCAUCUUGUCCUAUGAAAAACGGUUUCCUACUUCUUUAAAUCUCUGGCUCGCUACUUUUUACAGACUUUCACAGAACAGUUUAUUCAGACAUCGGUGAAUUGUAUUUUCCAACAGCAAGCAUUUUUGAUAACUGGUUCAAACUGUAUCAUCGAGAGAAAAAACAGACAAACCCACAGUACUGUAAAUCUGAUUGUUGCAGUGUUCUAUUGAGGGGGUCCUGCCACUUACCCAGAGUUUGAUUAUUCAGUGGAAACCUCUGGUAUUUUCCAUAAUACAGGCCUAGCCCCAUAAAACGUUCAGAAGCAUUGCACCAUUUUAAUACUGUUUCUGUGUGCUCAAGGGGGCAUCUUUGUCACCGAUCGGUUGUGAUUACUCUGGUGCUAAGAGGCUGCUGGGAUCAAUGCUUUAGAAAUAACAUCGUUUCCAUUAAGGAAGGCAGCAUUGCCUAGUAGUUUCUGGGCAGGCCAGGGAGCUAGGAUAGCCUGAGUUUGAAUUCUGUUUCUACUCUGUGGACGUACGCAAAUCACUUAUCUCCUCCCUGAGGCCCUGAUUCAGGAAAGCACUUGCACAGGCUUCAGUCCUAUUGACUUUGAUGGGACUUAGGCACCUGUUUAAGGAGUCAGAGAGAGCUAGGUCUCCCAGUGCAGAACUCUGCAUAGCCGAGUUGCUUUGAGUAUCAGUGAAGUUAUUCCCCGUAAGCAACAGGCCUGUUCUGUGCAGAUUCUUGUACUGUUCACCUACUGUAAUUCUCUGGCACCAGCCUAGACGACAGAGAGCCCUUUGUAUGGACCAGCUGCAAAGCCCAGCGAAGUCAAUGGAAGGAGACUUGGCUGAGCUUUGACCCAGUCCGAAAUGAAUAACAAGUAAAAGGGAUCUGAUGAUGCAAAUAAAUUUCUAGUCCACCAAGAAUUAAAAAGAAACGUGAACAAUCCCUCAACAGGCCUAUUAAAGUUCAACAGGCACCAGAAGCCCUGGAGGCAAACCCUUGUUAAGUGGCAGGAUCUUUAGGCUUGAAAUCAAAAGGGAAGCAUUACCAAGAGCAUCAUCCUCUGUAGAGCCAGCGCUGGCUUUGGACAUGGUGAGGAGCAGAGAAAUGCCUCGUCUCUUCUGAGCUGGCACCUCAUUUUGAUGAUAGCAGAAGCAGCAGAGUUUCUCCAGCAUGCACAUUUCCUCGACUAAGGGAAAUUGGUUGGUUUGGUUCCUGUAGAUCCUUUUCAAAGGUCUGAAAACGUUCCCUGGGUUUUAAACUUGAGGGGAAUAAAAAGUGGGACAGAAUCUGGGUUCAUUCCGGAGGACGGGGGAGGCUGUAAUGCAUUAGGUAGCUUCAAGGUGUAGAAUUUAAAUUAGGGAAGCAGUGCAGUCUAGUGGUUAGAAGACAGGCUUCUGUGCCCAGCGCUGUCGCUUGCUUUGUGGCUUAGGGGCAAAAAAAAAAAAAAAAAAAAAAAAAUCCACUUCUCUGUGCCUCGGUUUACCCAUCUGUGGAAUGGGUAUAAUGAUACCUACCUCACAGGGCUGUUGUGAGGAUUAACAAAUUAAUCUUUUUGAAGCACUUUGCAAUCCUCAGUGCCAUAUAGAGUGCAAAGUAUUAUUAUUAGGAGUAACUAAAACAACACGAUAUUUUUUGGUUCACCUACCUAGCGCUAUCAUAAUCUUGUCAUGCCGUUCAGCAAGGGGUAGAAAUGACUAAACCAGCAUGCGCAGUUAUUUUUCUCUUCUGAGCUCUGAACACUUUCUCGGCAAUUAAAAACACAUAGCUAUGGUUGAGUAGCUAUGGCGGAUGAUGUGCUCCUUUGCUGGGAGUGAUAAUUGCAACCUAACCAAACUGACAUACUUGGAAGGUUUUUAAGGAGUUAAAAGAGACUCAAAUUCAGUGUAAAUAUUAAAAAGAAACUGCCUCUAAGCUACAUUUUAUGUUUCCUGGGCAUUAGAUUUUGGUUUUGUUUUGGUUUUUUAGCAAGAAAAAACCCAUAAACAUUAGUAAUAUAGUAUCAGAAAAGUCUUUUUUUUUUUUAAUGUUUAGCUCCAAAUAUUUUGAUGAUUUUUAGAUUCUGGGGAAAAAAAUAUCAGAAACGCAGACUUGGUAUGAGACAGUUGAAGACUUUUUUUAAUUUAAUUUUUUUAAAAAACAAAUACAGGAUCUGCUUUACUGUUCCUGUGAAAUGGGACACACAUCAUAGGCUUUUUAAAAUUUUUUUGGAACUUUCUUCUUUUUUUUAAGCAUACAGUAACGGAGAGGUUUUUUGGUUUUUUUUCUUUUUUUUUCUUUUUAAUGAAAUCGGUGCGGUCCUGUGAAACACAUAUGCUCCUGAGAGGGCACAGAUAAUGUUUUUGAAACUCUAAUUCACUCUCUUCUCGAGACCGGUCUGGAAGGAAUGAACAAAUCAGUUGGCCUGUGAACAUACCAGCAGUGCUACUGUUAAUUUCAGCUGGGGUUUUGCUUGGAGGUGUAAAAGGAGUUGGGCGUCCAAAUCCUACUAAGGAAUCGAGGGCCAAAAUUGUCAGAAGCGACUUGUAAUUUUUUGGAUGCUUCAAUUACUGGGUGCCCAAGCUGGGACAUUUUAAAGGAGACCCAGUUUUCAGAAGGCAGGGGCUCAGCACUAUCUUAAAAUCAGACCCCUUUCCAGUGUCAAGGUGAGUGACUUUUGAAAAUAUUGGCCCGGAUGCCUAACUCCUUUGGAAAUCGCAGCCUUAGUUCUGAUCCAGAAGUCACUGGCAGUCAACAAAGACUGCAGUGGGCUUCAGAUCAGGCCCUUACAGUAUUGUUUAGAAAGAAAGAAAUUCACCGUGAUUCGGUUGAAUCAGCCCUGCCCGCCCCCCCCGCCCCCUUUUUUUUAAAUCGUAGUUUGUAAAAUACAGAGCGAAUGAAAUAAGCGAGAGGCUCUCAAAUCAUUUUAUUCCUGAGAACAUGCAGGUGCUGCAAGCUUGAAAUUUACAUGUGCAAACUACCUCAAACCUUACAAUAAGAUUUGAAUGAUAGAUGGGAGAGGAUGGGCGUAUCCACCCUGCAGCUUUGCCUAGGCUCAGAAAUAAGCCCCGAACAGAACCUUUCCUCAGAGAAGGGUCUCCCUUCAACCUCCGCAGCGGUAGGUUUCCUGGAGGGAGAAGCGUGGUUGGGCAGUUUACUACCCCUCCCAGUCAGUGUGGGAUCUUCUUGCUGGUGAAGCAGGAGAACAGAUGAUGCCUCCUCCUUUUCCACUACAGGCGUCUCGUUUCUAGGAAUCUGACUAGGAAGCCUGCUUUGGUGCAAUGGGAGCCUCUCUGGAGGGCGAUGAUUAUCCCAUCACCGUAAAAUAUAAGAGACCAGUCAAUGUACGUCAGAUCCCGCCAAACUCAUGGGGAUUUUGCCCCCGGGCACUCUCAAGAACCUCUGAAAUCCAGUGCUGUGGCGGUUAAGACACACCCGGCGGCUGACCCUUUGGCUUCUGCUGCAUCAGAGGUAGGGCUAAGGCUCUCCUCUGAAGGAGGGAGAAGGUGCCACCCCUCCACUCCCUAGAAGAGACCUGGUAGUAGAAGGUGGAGUAGCCUGCUGAGUCAAAACGACAGCAGGUUUGAGGGAGCCAGGGCCUGGGGAGGGUAGGACAUACCAGCCAUGGUGCCAUUCGGGCCCCUGAGGUUCAGAUAGACAUCCGGCCGGAAGGGUGAUAAUCAGAACCCUUUAAAAGUCGGCCCAUCCCUAAUUUAAAUAUGCAUUUGAACCCUGCUGCUUUAUUGUACAUUACAGAAUUUUUAAAAUUUUUGUUCAAGAUUAAUACCUCUCGGACAUGCGGUCUGUUUGUGACAUGGCAGGAGCGGCGGUGGGCAAAGCUGGGCCGUUUUUUAAACUGGCCUGUGGGAGGGGAGAAAAAGCCUGUUGCCUUCUCACCACAGAGGUGAGCAUCCCCAUUCCCAAAGGCAGCGGGGAAGGUGUAAACUGUGCAGUGUACCAGUUAAAGGAGCGGUGAUCUUCAACAGUGAAUGAUUGAAGGGAUGGUGUCAGGUGAACACAGGCCCACACUGUUGGUUUUAUGACCCAAAAAGCAAUAUUUGGCCAAACUAGAACCAUUUCCAUGGAUACUUUUUUAAAUUAAAGAUUUCUGUGGAAAUUUGUAUUUCCCCACCUGAAAACAGCAGCAAGUGUGCUGAUUGGGAAGGAACUGAAAAAUUAAAUUAAUUCUAAACAGCAGCCAAACAGACCACAGUGCAAAAAGGAAAUCAUUAAUGGAACACAAAUUAGAUUCUUAGCUAAAAUCGCUUUAGCUUUAAGGUCCUGGGAAAUUAAUAGGACUACACAGCCUACAAGUCAGGGCAGAGUGGGUCUUUACAAAAUUAUUUAGUGUGUGUUAAAAGAGUUAAGGAAGUUAUGCUUUUUAACGAUGCAUCCAAUUCAUCCCAAAAUAAUCUCCCCUGCCUUUAAGGAUGAAUUUCUUCCCCAUU